CAGGGCUGAUGAUGCAUUGGGCUUUGUGACAAUGGCGGACGCUGCCCGCAUGCAAUCUCUACGAAGGGGAGAAUUUUUAUGGUUCAGGUCCUGGGAGCCCGGUGCAGCAGUUGGAACAUGGGGUCAAAGUGCCGGCCGAGCAACGCUGGGCCAGAAAGCCGACGCGAUGCGACAGCGACAGAACCACACACGUUUUUUUUGCUUGCUCUGGUCCUCACGACGCGGGAGAGUUUAUGGCAUCCCACCGCUCUCUCCCUCCCUCUCCGUCCUCCCACCCAAAAGCCAAGUCGCGAAAGACCGAGCUCUGGAAAGCGAACAGCAUGGAAAACUCCGCAAUCCACGGCAUGUUUGACGCAACAGGGUCAUCACGAAACAUUCUCCCGCGCGGAUCUGACGGCCUCGCGAAAAGGCACCAGAAUCCUACGUGUUGUGUUCUUACUGUACCAUGCGCAAAGCUGACCGGGAAUGAUGCCAUGACCAUUGUGUUCCGGAGUAUGCGACAUGCAGGACCGGAUGAACGUGACCGGAAAAAUGAGAUGCGUGGCGUGUUCCAUCAUCAGCCGCCGAAGGUGAUGCCGAACUGUAUGACUGUGGAUGCAGUGCGCAGGUCCCUCUCUUCCUGCGGUAUGCACCCCGAGUUGGAGGAUUGCAAGAAUGCCUGCAUUCACCGAGAAGAAAAUUGUCCUUCCAUGACGCCUUUGUACUGUGAUGGUUGAUGGUGGGUGUGUAUGAGUUGUGCAGGCGACUUGGCCCUGAAAUUCUCGAAUCGAGCUGCUUCUUGCGGCUGGAUGGCACAGUAGGAUCUCUCUCGCCUUCUCGCCUCAUCACCAUCGUCAUCUGGACGAUCCGGAUUUUGAAAAAAAUUCAUCGGGGUCUCGCGUGUGGGUAGAAUUUCUCAAUCCUUCAUCAAUAGUGGAGAUGUCUGUAUAUCCUUCGCUGGAUCGCCUCAG